AGAAAAAUGUGGACCAUUUCCAUUCUGUCUCUCUCCACCACUCUGCUCAGCUCACAACGUUGUGAUUUCUCAAGAGUCAAGAUUCACACAGCGAAAAGGUGUGACCUGAGAACAUCACCAUGUGGCGGAGGCUUCUCUCUUCUCACCUCAAAACCCUAGCCACUUGUUCUCCCCAAUCUGUUUCCACCGUCGCUGCUCUUAAUUGCUCCUCCGUUUCACUCCUCCGUCACUUCUCUGAUACUACUUCGAUAAAAAAGAAGGUCGAAGAUGUAAUGCCUAUCGCUACUGGUCACGAGCGCGAGGAGCUUCAAGCUAACCUUGAGGGAAGGGAUAUCCUUGAAAUAAAUCAUCCUGUUGGGCCUUUUGGCACAAAGGAAGCACCUGCUGUUGUUAAAUCUUACUAUGAUAAGAGGAUAGUUGGAUGCCCAGGUGGUGAAGGCGAGGAUGAGCAUGAUGUUGUCUGGUUUUGGCUGGAGAAAGGCAAGCCUCAUGAAUGUCCUGUGUGCGCACAGUAUUUUGUGCUUGAGGUGGUGGGACCUGGUGGACCACCUGAUGGACAUGGUGAUGAUCAUCAUCAUUGAUUUCAUCCUUCAAUUCCCCUUGGAAUGAAUUUGGGAAAGAUGGAGAGACAAUGUGUAGCAUACACUGAGGCCUUUCAAAAUCCUGGGGCCUAUGUUUGGUUUCAAUUUGUGUAUACCCUCUUUUGUUGUUGCAAUAUUUGACUUAGAAAGUUUCUACGAUUAUUUGGACACUGCAUGCUCAUUUGCUUGAACUUUCGGUUCUGUUAGAUUGUGUUUUCUGCUUCGCGAAAUAAUUGAUAGAGCUUUUUACUUCA